AUGAUUCAAUCUACUCGAACUCUACAAGGUAAAUCCCUAUCCAGGACAAAUUUCACAGAGAAAGCGAGGUCACACCAACCAAGAAGCAGUCCUGCCUGAAAGAAUUCUUAACGACAUCAGGGACUCUUUUGGCUAUUUUGACUCCGAAAAUUCAGGAACCAUUUCCAUGUCCCAACUUAAAGCUAUUUUACAAUAUGUAGGAGGCGGGAAAAUGCCUAGAAAAGACCUAGAAAAAAUCAUCCAAGAGUUCAUUGGGAACCCACUCAGAGUAGAGCUUAAAGACGUGGAAAGAAUUGCUACUAAAAUUUGGUAUGAAGGAGGCCAAGAACACGAAAGAAGAGAAUUGUUUAGGAUGUUUGACAAAAAAGACAGAGGAAGCACUACUAUGGAAGAAAUUAAAAAUGUGCUGCAAAGCAAAGUGGUGGUGCCUGUGACUGAUGAAGAUGUGGAAGAAUUAAUGGGACUGCUAGGGGUGGAUAUGACGUCGCCUAUCAGUUUGUGGGAUUUCGCAAAGUAUUUUAUAUUUAGACUAGAGACGCUCUUAUUAUAA